AUGACAAAUACCCAAUUUGAUUUAUGGACAGAUUUGGUUUUGCUGAAUGCUUCGUCGAGAUUUGAUUUUGAAGAUGAAACAGCCGCCAAGGUCAUUGCUUGGUCAGACUCAACGCUUUUUGAUAAAGAAAAAAUGUCUCCCGAAGACGCUAUAAACGAUGACUUCAAUGAUACAAGUGGUUCAAGCUUUGUUGGGAGUCUGAUAUCAAAUAUGGACAGUUUUAUAUCUACGGCGUCUAGUGUGGUAGAGGCAAUUUCUUCUCAAAAGGACUAUAGUUUGAACUUGGAAUUCAACGGUUUUAAUGGAUUUAAUAUUCCACAACAUUCAAAGUUUUUUGUUAUAAAGUCUUUUAAUGAGCGUAAUGUUUCGCUUGCAGUUCAGCAUCAGGUAUGGUCAUCCACCCGAAGAGGGAACAAGAAACUACAAAAAGAAUAUCAGUCUCUGCGCCCUGGAGCCAAAAUAUUUUUGUUAUUCUCCGUCAAUAAAUCUGGAAAAUUUUGUGGCAUGGCAGAAAUGUGCUCGGAUCUUAUUCAGAAUGAUCCUCGCUCCAAUAUAUGGGAAACGCAUACCCAUUCAUACACCUUUCCAAAUCUAUUUCAAAUCAAAUGGUUGUACGUGAAAGAUGUCCAAGUGCGACGUUUUAAUCACUUGGCUUGGGAUGUCAAUUUAGGUGGUAAUGAAAAUUCCCCUAAAAUGGUUGGCCAAUGCCGUGACACAGACUCUGUUCCCUUUGAUAUCGGGUGUCAGAUCGUUAGCAUAUUCUCUGAUGCACCUUUGAAAUCGUCAUUAUCCUAUCAAUAG